UCGCGAGAGUUCAGGAAGGCCGCCCCGAGAUUCCGGCGCGGCCGCGGGUUCCACCUCCCGGGGGCGGGGCGAGGGCGGAGCGGGCAAAAGGGAGCGGACGGGCCCCGGGCCGGCUGCGGUCCGUGCGGAGGCUGAGCCGGCCGCGGGCGCGACCGGAGGCAGUGUCUGUUACUAUGGCAAUGACGGCAGGGACUGCAGCCUCCUUUCCUAUGAGCAACCAUACCCGGGAAAGAGUGACUGUGGCCAAGCUCACGUUGGAGAAUUUUUACAGCAAUCUAAUUUUACAGCAUGAAGAGAGAGAGACCAGGCAGAAGAAAUUAGAAGUGGCCAUGGAAGAAGAAGGAUUAGCAGAUGAAGAGAAAAAGUUACGCCGAUCACAGCAUGCCCGAAAGGAAACAGAGUUCUUACGUCUCAAGAGGACCAGACUUGGCUUGGAUGACUUUGAGUCUCUGAAAGUUAUAGGAAGAGGAGCAUUUGGAGAGGUGCGGCUGGUUCAGAAGAAAGAUACAGGCCAUAUCUAUGCAAUGAAGAUAUUGAGAAAAGCUGAUAUGCUUGAAAAAGAGCAGGUGGCCCAUAUCCGAGCAGAGAGAGAUAUUUUGGUAGAAGCAGAUGGUGCCUGGGUGGUGAAGAUGUUUUACAGUUUUCAAGAUAAGAGGAACCUUUAUCUGAUCAUGGAAUUUCUCCCCGGAGGUGACAUGAUGACAUUGCUAAUGAAAAAAGAUACCUUGACAGAAGAGGAAACACAGUUCUACAUUUCAGAGACUGUUCUGGCAAUAGAUGCAAUCCACCAGUUGGGUUUCAUCCAUCGGGAUAUUAAACCAGACAACCUUUUAUUGGAUGCCAAGGGUCAUGUAAAAUUAUCUGAUUUUGGUUUAUGCACGGGAUUAAAGAAAGCUCAUAGGACUGAAUUCUACAGAAACCUUACACACAACCCGCCAAGUGACUUCUCAUUUCAGAACAUGAACUCCAAGAGGAAAGCAGAAACAUGGAAGAAGAACAGGAGACAACUGGCAUAUUCCACAGUUGGGACACCAGAUUACAUUGCUCCAGAAGUAUUUAUGCAGACUGGUUACAACAAAUUGUGUGACUGGUGGUCUUUGGGAGUGAUUAUGUAUGAAAUGCUAAUAGGAUAUCCACCUUUCUGCUCUGAAACUCCUCAAGAAACAUAUAGAAAAGUGAUGAACUGGAAAGAAACUUUGGUAUUUCCUCCAGAGGUUCCUAUAUCUGAGAAAGCCAAGGACUUAAUUCUUAGAUUUUGUAUUGACUCUGAAAACAGAAUUGGAAAUAGUGGAGUUGAAGAAAUAAAAGGUCAUCCUUUUUUUGAAGGUGUAGACUGGGGGCACAUCAGGGAAAGGCCAGCAGCAAUCCCUAUAGAAAUCAAAAGCAUUGAUGAUACUUCAAAUUUUGAUGACUUUCCUGAAUCUGAUAUUUUACAACCAGUGCCAAACACCACAGAACCGGACUACAAAUCCAAAGACUGGGUUUUUCUCAAUUAUACCUAUAAAAGGUUUGAAGGGUUGACUCAGCGUGGCUCUAUCCCCACCUACAUGAAAGCGGGGAAAUUAUGAACGCAGAUCACAUUCGCCCACAACCAAGAGAACUCAGGUAGCUGCAUCACCAGGCUUGCUUGGCGUAGAUAACAAGACACUGAAAUACUCCCGGACAGUGGUGCUUCUGAGCACAAGAGGAAAUUCUACAGGAUUAGGAUUUCUGAGACUACUACAGGAAUUGGUUGGCAGUGCCAGCUGGCUUUUUUUUUUUUUUUAAUAUUUUAUUAUUUUUGUUAACUUUAUUAUAUGAAGGUACUGGAAUAAAAGAAACGUACAUCCCUCUGUAACUGCACUGCCUACAUGCGUAUUAAGGUCCAUUCUGCCUGUGUGUGCUGUGGCUUUUGUACUGUAACACCUCUAAUCGAUUCAGGAGAAACAUAUCAUUCAAAGCAGCGUAGGCUAACCUGUAGGUAGCACCACAGUAUCGCUGUUCUACUGCAAAUCUUAUGGGUCUAGAUAAUCACAAAAAAAAGCCAUCUUCCAUAGUUGGUGUUCAAAUACUUGCCCUAUUGGUUUGGACAUAUGUAGAAUGAAUAUAUCUGAAGACAAUUUCUGUAAUGGUCUUAAGAAAUUUUAGAAAGGAAAUACACUGGUUCUUUAAAAAAUAGACUUUAUCAUCAUGUUAUUUCACAAACUCCACAGUUGGGAGUGACAGGUUUAUAAGAAGGAGGAAGUUUAACACCUUCACUCAAGCACUCCACUAAUAUAUUUACUUUGCAUUCAGAAAUACUGAUGACCUUUAUAUACGUAGUCUGUAUAUUCAUAGGGAGAUGUACUGUAUUAUAUGAAAUGUAAAGUUACUUUUCUUGUGACAAAAGGACUUCUUUUUUAACAAGAGGACAUGGCAUUAUUUUGAUUUGAUUAUGGUGAGUUGAAUUUAAGAAACGACCAUGAAGGCUGCUUGUAGAACUGGUGUAUUUUUAUUAAACUAUUUUUUUAAAUGUCAAUCUUCUGAUCAUGUAAAUGGACUUACAAAGAACAAAGACCUGUUUACUUUGGUUUUCUAGAAAGUUGUUACAUAUCAUGGCCGGUUAACUUUUAUUUCUUUUGGUGAAAAAUUUUUCCUUUGAUAGUACUUGUAUUAUUGUGCCAUCAUUUUCUUACACUCCAAAUGUACCAAAGAUCCUGAACAGAGUGGGUGUUCACCACCGAGUAGAUUUUCCUUUCCUAUGGGAAUGCCAUAUUCGGACACGACAGAUCUUUGAUAGAGGUCAAGCUUAUUCAAGGGCAAUAUUGUUCAUGUUCAGCUACAUCACUGUGGUUAACGUAAGUGAAAUUAAGGAAGUAAACACAGGUGGGGCAGAGGGCGGGUUGUGAGGAGAGGAUGGGGGGGUGCCUUCAGCAUCAAAUUCUUCAGCUAUUUCCCUAAGAAUGAAAUAAUCUUUUCUAGCUCAACGCUUUAAUUCUAAAAUGACUCUCUGAGGUUCUGGUUUCAAAAGUACUAGUUGAGGAGCAACAUUUUAUCAAAGAAUGGCCUAACAUUUGUCUUAACUGUUAAUUGAUAAGUUUUUUUUUUUUUUUAAGAUAUAGCAAUUACAACCAUUACAAAUUAUCUGUGAUCAAAAUCUAAAAUGAUGACUUAUUUGUAGGUGUGUUCUUCUUGAUGGGGAAGCACUGUAUAGCAUCAUUACGUACAUCUACAGAAGCUUUUAUAAACGUUGCUGCGAGGUAGCUCCACAGUGUUUCAGCAGGGCCAUCCUGGGGUUUGGGUUUUGUUUUUUUUUUCCUCCACCUAGUCUCUCUCUUUCCUUCUUCCUUCCUUCCUUCCUUCCUUCCUUCCUUCCUUCCUAGUAUUUGUUUGGUACUUACUAUGUGUUCAUCUAAUAGUUCAUCUCCAUUUUUCUUGUUUGGAUCAUGUGGCUGAGUAGGAGAGAACUAUUACAAUUCUGGGGUUAUCUCAAUUUGACCAACUGUGGUCAAAUUAUAUUAUAACCACAUCUGAUUUUUAAAACUCUGUAACUUCUCACUUUUAUAAGAUUUUCUCACCCCACCUCAUCCCCCGUCCCCCCCCCCCUUUUUUUUUUACAGACUGUUUUGCUAGUGUGAUAGUGAAUGAGUAAGAUAGGAGGAAAUUACAUCACUCUCUAGUUGUAAUAUAGUAAUUAUUUCAGUAUAGAAAAGUGUCAUUAAUUCAAGUUGACAGAGAGAGAGCUGAAGUUUACUAUUUAAUCGAGUAAGAGUAGAGCAUUUUGGUUUCUAUCUCCCUCAUUUUUCUUAGCAGUAAGAACUUGGAAAUAGUUAUGGUUUCUUGGCAGUGGAAGGGCAGUUCUGGAAAGUUUACUUUGUUUAGAGUCUCAUUAUUCCCUGGAGUUGACAGAGUGAUUCACAAUCUUUGGGGUUUCCUCCUUGUCAAAAGCAUUUCUU